UCCUCAAACUAUCAACAUGCCUCCAAAAGCAAGUGGUAAAGCUGUUAAAAAAGCCGGCAAGGCUCAAAAAAACAUCACCAAGACUGACAAGUCCAAGAGAAGGAAGAAGAGGAAGGAAUCUUACGCAAUCUACAUCUACAAGGUAUUGAAACAAGUUCAUCCAGACACUGGUGUCUCAUCCAAGGCCAUGAGCAUCAUGAACAGUUUCGUCAACGAUAUCUUUGAGCGUAUUGCAGCUGAAGCAUCCCGAUUGGCUCAUUACAACAAGAGAUCAACCAUCACAUCACGGGAAAUCCAGACUGCUGUUCGUCUUCUUCUUCCUGGUGAACUUGCCAAGCAUGCCGUCAGUGAAGGCACCAAGGCAGUCACCAAAUACACCAGCUCCAAGUAAACAACCGGCACCACACAACAUAAACCAAUCGGCCCUUUUCAGGGCCAACAAAUUUUUAUAACGCUGAAUACUAUCCAUUUCAUGUAUAUGUAUAUAUUCAUAUGUAUGCAACGAUUAUCAACCUAUAUAUAUAUAUAACGUUUUACUAUAUACAUGCAUCAGUGUAUUUAAGUUCGAUAAAACGUAUAUUCGAUAUUGAAUUUCGAUUAUUUAUUAU